AGAGAAAAAAAAGUUCGAUCAUCAGUGUAUUUUUGAAUGUGCUAUUGAGUAAAUUAAUUCUGAAAAUCAUGCAAUUUGUCUUUAUUCCAUUCGAUAAAUUAGACAAAAUUGUGACGUUGAGCGAGCCAGUGUGUGCAAAAGCAAGAAAUUACUGCGACAUAGACUCUUGUAAAUGGUCAAAAGAGACUUCUUGAUAUCUCGUGCUGAAUCAGACACCUGAAUAAAAAGAGAAAAAAAUCGAUAAUUAGUGAAAAUUUACAAUUUAAGUAACGUGGUGUAUAUAUAAAUAUAAACACUUCCUCGAUACAAACACAAAGAUAAAGGAAAUUAUUGAAGGUCUUUGUUGUUGCAACAACAAAAAAAAAAACAACAACGUGAAAUCACGCGAAAUUUCACAAGUUUCUGAAAUUAAAUUAUAAAAAAAAAUAAUUUUUUGUGGAAAAAUUCCAAAUUAGGGAGAAAAUAUUCGAAAUUUUACAAGUGAAAGGAGAAAGUAAAAGCAAAAAAAAUGCCGAAACACAAGAAAAAGAAUCCAGUUCAAUCGCACAAUCAAGCCUCCACGAACGGCUAUGGAUCGGAUGAUGACUCCAUGUUCGACAACGAGAGCGUUUUCUCGUACCAAUCUGAGGGUCCUGCCUCCACGGAUGGCACGGAAGAUGUCGAUUCCAAUGAAAAAUACGAAGACAGCUUAUCCCAAGCGCUCGACAAUGCAAUGGAAAAAUCAGCACAAGUUCGUACCUCAGCAUUGCAGGCCGUUUGUGAAAUCCUCAUGCAACGUUAUCUGCCCGACUAUGUCGACGAUCGUAAAAUCACGAUAAUGGAUUUGGUUGAAAAGUCCGUGAAACGCGGAAAGGGACUCGAACAAGCUUGGGCUGCGCGUUUGGCUGCCUUGUUGGUCAUCCAAGUAGGCAAUGACGAGGAAAUAAUUAAAACUUUGACGCCUGUGCUCCGAACAGCAGCUUUGGAUCCAUCUGUUGGCUACGAUGCGAGAGCCAAGUGUUGCAUGUCACUCGGCUUGUUAAACUUUUUAGGAAAUGACGAUCUCGGCGCAGUACUUGAACUAAUGAAAAACUUUGAAACCAUCUUCGCUGCCAGUUAUCUCAAGGGUGACAAUUCCGCAAGUUCAGCAAAUGCGGAUGCCGCUUCGUUACAUGCCGCUGCCCUCUCAUCAUGGGGCUUAUUGUUGACUCUUUUGCCGCCAUCUGACGUCGCCAAUAUGGUUGAAAAGCCGGGAAAUUUCCCAUCGAUCAAAAAUCUCCUCGGACUCUUGCAUUCGGCACAUUUGGAUGUUCGCGUAAAUGCGGGCGAACUUUUCGCUUUGCUUUACGAGACGGGACGAGCUCAUGACGAGGACUUUUUGGACGAUUAUUUGCCCGAACUCAUCGAUGUGACGAAGAAACUCGCUACGGAUUCGCACAAAUAUCGCGCAAAACGUGAUCGAAAGACGCAACGUGCGACUUUUAGAGACGUCAUGCAUUACAUUGAGGAAGAUACGUCGCCGGAAAUUAACGUAAGGUUCGGCAGAGAAAGUGUUUGUUUGGAUUCGUGGGCUUUGCAUCAUCAGUACACGUCAUUUUGCAACGUUAUGGGUCCCGGCAUCAACAAUCAUCUGGUCGAGAAUGAAUUUGUGCGCGAUGUGAUGCAACUUGGCGCGAGACUUACGGAGCUGGAAGGUUUGCAAAAAUUGACAAAAGCUGAAAAGCGAUUCUAUAAUGCGGAAAGCUUCAAGGCACGCACCAAAGCACGUAACAAGAACCGAGAUAAACGAUCGGCGGUCGUUAAUUAAAACAUUUUGAACUAAUUUUUUA